CUUCUCUUCCUCGAAGUGUUAACCAUUUCUAACCUCUCGUGAAUAAUACAGCAGAUUUGAUCAUCUACCACAGCAUAUUGUGAUCCAUGAUGAAUACCACCAUCGAAUAUCAUAACAACACUGGCAGGCAGAUGAUCAUGGCUGCAACGAUAUCUACUUUCACUCUUUUCAGUGGUUUAAGUGAGGAUCAAUCUAUGGAAGGCCUAUCAGUCAGUACUUCUGAGGCAUCCACUACCCCAAACACCUCAAGCUAUGACUAUGACUACCCGGACUAUGACUAUGGGAGAUGUGUGUAUGACAAACAUGGGACCUAUUUUCUUCCAGCCCUCUACUCCAUCCUCUUCCUCCUGGGCUUUCUGGGUAACUCUCUGGUCAUCUGGGUCAUCACUUGUGGGGUGCGACUUCGCAGCAUGACCGACGUGUGUCUUGUAAACCUGGCCAUUGCUGACCUGCUCUUGGUGUGUUCCCUUCCCUUCUUAGCCCACCAAGCCCGGGACCAGUGGGUGUUUGGGGAUGAAAUGUGCAAGGCGGUCCUGGGAAUUUAUCACAUUGUUUUCUACUGUGGGAUCUUUUUUAUCUGCCUGAUGAGCAUUGACCGAUACUUGGCUGUCGUACAUGCUGUUUACGCUAUGCGAGCACGGACACGGUCUUUUGGAAUGAUUGCAGCUGCUGUUACAUGGGUGGCUGGAUUUUUGGCUUCCUUCCCUGAAUUGAUCUAUCUCAAACAAGAGGCUACUAAUGAUUCCCUGAACUGCUAUUCUGUGUAUGAAGAUCCGCAGAAGAGCGCAUCUAGUAGUCACUUCUGGACAAUCUUCGGCCUUUUCAAAAUGAACAUUUUGGGGUUAUUUAUUCCCAUUGUCAUCAUGAGUUUCUGCUACUCAAAGAUCAUCUGGACACUGUUUCACAGCCGGUCAUCCAAGAAACAGGCCAUCCGUUUAGUUCUCAUAGUGGUAGCAGUUUUCUUCUGCUGCUGGGUCCCUUACAAUGUCGCCUCAUUGUUCAAAGCGCUGGAGUUAAUAUACCCUUACACAGAAUGUGAAAGCAGCAACACCCUCAGAUUGGCUUUACAAGUCACUGAAGCCAUUGCCUACUCUCACAGCUGCCUCAAUCCCAUCCUGUAUGUGUUUGUCGGGGAGAAGUUCAGGAGGCACCUGCUGAGAUUGAUUAACAGGACUCCUUGCAGGCUGUGUCAGGCUAUCAAGGUCUUCAUACCACAGGACAGAAUCGGGUCAGUCUACUCACAAACCAGCAGCCUGGAUGAAAGGAGCACUGCUGUUUAA